CCAUUUGAAGAAGCAGAAAUGAAAAUGGCCGUAAAUAUUGUCUCCGACGACGAAAGAGAAACCCUAGAAAUUUCCGAUUCAACUCCCAUGACAACGAAUUGCAAGCGUCAGAGACGUCUGUUUGAUUCCAAAUCAAACGCUCCCGUUUUCCUCAUCGACGAUGACCCCACUCCUCCUCCGAAACACUCGCACAUUUCUCCUCCCGAGCCCAAACCCUCUGGAAUCGACGGAUUGAUUCUUUUGGAGUCUGAUAAUGAAUCUGACAGUUUUUGGGGAGCAGAAACUAGUAAGCAAAAUGCAAUGCUGCAUGCCACUUCUCAAGCGGAAACCUUUUCAGAAUUCGGUUCUAGACUUACUCAAUCACACUUUUCUCUUGAUAAUGAAGGAACUGCUAGUGUGACACAAAUGUAUGGCGAGAAGUCUGUGGAUUUAAUUUAUCCAGAGUAUGAUAUUCCUCGGGUAUGCGAUCAUUUGGAGCAAGAACUGGAUGAUUUGCAGCCUUUAUCUGAUGUCUUAAGAGCUGAAUAUACACAUAAAGGUAAAGUAUGUGAAGAAAACGACACCGACGAACCGAAGGAAUGUGCAGGUAAAGGUAAAGUACAUGAACAGAAUGACAUCGAUGAACCGAAGGGUAAGCGGAAAAAAACAAAAGAGGAAAAGCUUCGUGUGAUGGAGGAGAAGAGACUGCAAAAAGAACGAGAGAAGUUGCAAAAAGCAGCACUUAAAGCUGAGGCACUUGAGAUGAAAAAGGUUCAGAAAGAAAAGCAAAAGUGGGAAAAAGGAAAGCUUGCUCUGAAGUCCAUAGUGGCUGAAAUUGACACUAAAGUAGUAGAAUUAGGAUCAGUUGGAGGAAGUCUGCUGAGCAGGUUUGCCGAGAAAGGUAUUGCAUACCGUAUAACAUCAAAUCCAAUUGAAAGAUCCAUUGUGUGGGCGAUGACUGUUCCAGAUGAAAUUUCCCAGCUCUCACCCAGUGGAGUUGAAAUUCCAUACGUUUUGCUGGUGUAUGAGGCAGAUGAGUUUUGUAAUCUUGUCAUGGAUCAGUCUCUAAUGGGACAUGUUUCACGUGUGCAAAGACGUUAUCCAGCCCAUACAGUAUGCUACCUUACCAACAGGCUUCAGUCAUAUAUCAAUAAGAGGGAACAAGGGAAGUACAAGGACCCAAGCAAAUUUAACGACUGGAACCGUCCGCCUGUUGAGGAGGUGCUGUCAAGAUUGACCACACAUUUUUCAAAAGUGCAUUCAAGGCAGUGCGUAGAUGAAGCUGAAUUAGCUGAACAUGUCGUUGGCUUGACUUGCAGUCUAGCCUCUUGCCAAUUCAGGAAGAAGUUAACUCCAUUAUCUGUUAAUGCCAACGGAUCGAUUGUCCCUAAGGAUUGUCCUGACAAAAUUCUCAUAAAGAAAAACUUUUGGUUGAAAGCAUUGGUAGCAAUUCCAAAGGUUCAGCCACGAUUUGCCAUUGCAAUUUGGAAAAAGUACCCUACAAUGAAAUCCCUUCUACAAAUUUAUAUGGAUCCUAGUAAAUCGGUGCAUGAAAAAGAAUUUCUACUCAAAGACUUGACAACUGAAGGGUUACUUGGCGAGGAUAGAAGAUUAGGUGAAAUUUGCUCAAAAAGAGUGUACAGAAUAUUAAUGGCGCAAUGUGGAAACACUAAAACAGAUGACGUUGAAAACGGUGCUGAUUUCUUUCAUUCUAAAUCUGCCUGAUUUACUGCAACUAAAUGGGCCGCAGCUCUGUAAUGUUGCACACAUAAAGUAUUCUGCAUGUUGAUCAUCGUCCGUUAAAUAUACAGAUACAGUCGUGAUUCAUGUUCAUAAACAUGACUGCAGCUAGAUAUGAACUCAAAAGCUUGAAAUUAGGUUGGUAGUUGGUACACUAUGGGAAGCCAAAAUUUAUCAAUUACUACCAUCCAAUGAGAGCUAAGUACUAGAUUAAAUGAAUCUAGUACAACAAUGUAUUUAAAUUAGGUGUGUCUUUAUUUGCAAAUGAUUCUUUUUUUUCCCCAUCGAAUUUGUAUUGGACAAAGUAAAAUACAUGUUUGUUAUCUUUGCUCUUAACAGUUGCGGCUUUCCUUGUA